AUGGCUGGAAGUGAAAGCAUACGCGAAAGGGGGCGCGGCGGACGCGCGGAUGGCGUGCGACGCUCGCGUCGGUCUCAAGGGAUGCCUCCGGAAGAGCAGCUCUCGCUCGAGGAAGUCGAGCAGAAUACUCGCCGGACAAACGCCGCGAGGCGCAAGGCAGCUCGCGAGGAGAAGGAGUCGACGGAGGACCAAGAUCAGCCGGAUUCGGAGCCGGCGGCCCAGGAUGCGCACCACGUGUCCCUGGAUGCCGCCACCCCGGAUGACGAAGAGAAGGGCCCUCGAGUAGAGGUUGUGGGCGUGUCCAUUCCGGAUGUGCCCGCCCAGGCGUCUGUGGGAGGCGCCGUCAAGGUUGAGUCGUCGGCCGUGGAUAAACCUUCGGGAACGUCCCAACCGGCCCAAGAUGUGAUCGUGCCGGACGACGACUCGGAUGAGUCCCUCACUCAGGCGCGCAUGAUCAAGGAAGAGAGUCCGCUGCUGGCCGCCCAGGAAGCGAAGUCCAAAUGGGAUGAGCAAACCCCAAUUCUGGGCGACCAAGCUGUACUGGACUUUGCCAGAAUGGUUCAGGAUGCUGUGCUCCGAAUGGAGGCGAGUGUGCCUGAGCUGAAGCAACCACUUCAGGAUACGGAUAGCGUCACGGACCGGAAGGUUGAGGCUGCCAACGAGAAGAUGAUGCGAACCUUCCAGGCUUACCAAGCCACGCAGUUGCUGGCCGGUCGGGAAGAAGCCUCGGAGACCCAGCGUGUUUUGGACACCCGGACUCCAAUCCAGGUAGCCAUGGAAAAGACGUCUGCAACGAAGAUCCGCGAAAUCGUGGAAGGCACCCAGGAGGACGCACUACAGCGCGCGCGAGAGGCCGUGAAUGCGGAGCACGCGCAGGAAGAACACCUCCGGGUUGGCGCCGAGGCGGCAAGACGAGUCCAGGAUGCUGCGAGGCUACAGUCUCAGGAAGGCAUGGCGCAGAGGGUCCUGGAAGAACAGCGGAGACUCUUGAAAGAACAGCAGAAGCUUUUCGAGCGGAGGUUGGCACUGCUGGAAACAGCCCAGUCGCGAGGCAAGGUGGCUGAUUCUGAUCCUGGGAACUCCUCCAGGAAGAGCUCACAUUCGGAGAUUUCAGACGACUCGAAAAGCUCCUUGGACGACAGCUCGUGCUCGGAAUGUAGUUCUGCGGAUUCAAGCGGCUAUGGUUCUGACAGCCCGCGUGAGGACUCCGUGGCAAGCGUUGUUGCGCUAGAUGGCACUACCGUCGUUACUUACUGGCCGUAUGUGGAUUCAAGUGUGCUGCAUGGCUUCGACCAAGGUGAACCGCUGUCUCUUCGGCGUCGUUUGUGGGAGCGCUUCCUGAAUCUCGCUUCUCAAGGUGGCUGGUCCAACCGGACGAAGCUGCGGGAACUCAAGCUGGAGAUGCCACCCGAGGUGCGCGACUGGCGCGGUCAGCUACCCAAGCAUUCCGGCAUGCAGUGUGAGCUGCACAUUCGGCAGUACCUCCGGAAGCUUCGUGAUGGCCAACUCAAGACUAGCCUGGAAGGUCAUCGGUUUGAAACGACAACAGACCUGGAAUACAUCCUGAAGCGAUGCGAGAGCCUGCGCCUAGAUGUUGAGCAUGACGACGUUGGACUGCCGCAUUCGCAAUUCUUCAAGGCGGGCGAAGCCGCUCGAGAUCAUUUCGUGGCGAAGCGCCGAGGCGGAGAGUAUGCCGCUAGGGACGGAGAAAACGGAGUCCAGAAUGCCGCUAAGCUGGCGAACGCCGCCCCGGAUGGUCGAACAGACCAAGUCCAGGAUCGUGAUGGAGGAGAUGUGGAGUAUGGAUACCUGGUCGAGUUUGACCUCAACUGGCCGGAGGCCAAGGCAUCCCAAGGUACUUCGAAUCCCCAGCAGCCCGAGUGUGAAGCUACUCAAGUGUACCAAGCCAUCGACACCCUGCAUUGUACCACCACCAUGUUGAAGAUGAACAUCCAGGAUACUGCGACUACGAAGACCCCGAGUGUGACCCGACAACAAGUUGAGGACCUCAAGCAGCGAGACUAA